UCCCUCUCUACUCUUCAUCAGGGGUCUGGCCAUACAAAUAGGUGAAAGUACAUCUAUAUCAUCGCACUACAACUCGACACCGACAAUCACUCGAAGCAUCCUCAAGACCAUCUGCUUCACUACACCACCACUACUUCCCCGUAUCUCGGUUUUCCGAACCCCACAUUUCCAUUGUUUGUCUGGGGGAUCCUAAUAUAAGACCUGAAGCUUCAGACCCUGUGUUACGCUCCUGCGACACACAACCCCACGGAGCUGGUUUCUCUCUGUUAUUAUUGUUCUCACGAUGAUUCGUUCACACAUCAUGCCUUCAUACCUGGACUUCAACGCUCAUCCGUCCGCGCUCCCUCAGUCACGAUCUCGUUCCUCUGGAGCAUCUGCCAUGGCCGCGUCUAUUGGAAAUCAAGUUGGCCACAAGAUCAAAAGCACUUUGAUGCAAGGACGUCCUAAUGUCGAUAUCGAGUUGAAUAGUGCCCAUGGCAUUCAUGGUUCCUUUAUGACUUCCUACUCGACCAUGGACAAGAUCGAGGGCACCGUCAACAUCACUGCCACCCAGGACACCAGGUUUGACGAGCUGGAUAUCACCUUUGUCGGCAUAUGCAAGACUUAUGUCGAUCGCCUGACUUCCACCCCAUCUCUUGGUGGAGGCCGGACCACUGCGACCCACAGGUUCCUACGCCUCAGCCAACCUAUCAAUGAAGAAGACCUACCCCACCCACGCAUCUUUGCAGCUGGCCAGACUUAUAAGUUUCCAUUUACCUUUGUUGUCCCUCAACAUCUUCUACCUCGUGCUUGCUCUCACAAAGUGGAUAACGAUACCGUUCGUGAUGCUCAUCUUCGACUGCCCCCUAGCAUGGGAGACCCUGAAGUCUCCGGAUUUGCCAGUAAUCUGCUCGACGAUAUGGCUCCGGAGAUGGCUAAAGUCCUGUAUGUCAUAAAGGUCCGGGGACUUCAGUAUCGGCCAGAGGAUGACGAAGCCCUAAUUGUCGUCGAUCGCGUCAGGAAGGUCCGAAUCAAGCCUGCAUUCGAGGAACAGCCUCCUUUGAGUGUCGAUGUGGCUGGCGCUUCGGAUUAUCGACUUAGACAAGUAAAGACCAUACGUAAGGGGUUGCUGAAGGGAAAGAGCGGAACAUUGAUUAUGGAAGCAUCGCAGCCGAAACCUCUACAUCUUCCUGGCGCACGCACUGGCGAAGCGCCUGUUCCAAUAUCUACCGUCGCUAAAGUUGUGCUUCGUUUUGAUCCGACCGACGAUUCGCAACAACCGCCAAAGCUGGGAUCCCUCACAUCCAGACUCAAGGUGAUCACCUUUCACUCUUCUGUACCAAGAACUUGUUUUCCAGUCAAGAGCACUCUCGCAUAUGAUAUCUCCCAAGGAUACUAUUGCAUGGCUCUUCCUCUGGCGUCCAGAUGUAUUGCUAAUACACAAUGGGAACGUCAAGAUGGCUCGUCUUCUCCAGUCUUCCGUCGAGACUCAGCCGCCUCAACCGUAGAAUCGUCCUUGACCGGGAUCCCAGCCCCAAGCGACAACUACCACGGCAAGACAUUCUACACCGCAAGAAUACUUGUUCCCAUCACCCUUCCCUAUAACAAAAACUUCCUUCCAACUUUCCACUCGUGUCUCAUCUCCCGGACCUACACCCUAUCCUUGUCGCUUUCGACGCCCACAUCUUCUCUUGCGUCGGCCUUGACUCUCAAGGUCCCGAUCCAAGUCUCACAGGGAGUAAGUCCUGAGGCAUCUGCCACCAUAGACGAGGAACUCGAGGCGGCACAGGACGUUGAGGACAUGAUGCGACCGCGAUUUGUCUCUCCACCGAGCGAUGAGUAUGGCAACAGCCAGUCGAUGGACACCGAUCUUCCACCGCAAUACACUUUCUUUGCGCCGAGGACUUACGCCACUAAUAUUAGUGUGCUAGGAUAGUCUUGCAGUUCAGCUACUAAUAUAGGUCAUUUAUUUCAUUUGCUCAUGGGUGGAAUAUUGAUAUCUUACGUAAAAUACCCAGAUUGAUUAUCUUCGGCGUUCAGGGCAGUUUGAAAGAUGGUCUGCAUCGUACAGCGUUCACGACGUGCGACAGCGUAUCUGUACUGGGCUGGCUAGCUUUGAGUUGUAUAUGAAUCAGCAAUACCUACUUAAUAUAAUAUAUAAACCUCGUAUGAAAUCAUAGCAG